AUGCAGUACAUUUUGGAAAAAGAACGACAGAUCCAGAAGGAAAUCGAUGACUUGCAAAAGGAGAAGGAACUUUUGCAUUUGGAGGAACUGGUUGCAAAAACUAGGCAGAAGGCUGAAGAUGCCAGGAGUAAAGGAGAGCCUGUUAAAUCUGGAGUUGAUAGGCGUGGGAAGAAUAGAAUUUUUGAUAGCAAAUUCAAAGUUUUGGAUGAAAUUAGUGAGUUGGAUGAUUGUGUUGAACGUUUGGAACGACUUGCUGAGGAAGCUAGGAAGGAGGAUGGUGUCGAGGCUUGUCUAAAACCCGAGGCUUGUCUAAAACCCGAGGCUUGUUUAAAACCCGAGGCUUGUCUAAAACCCGAGGCUUGUCUAAAACCCGAGGCUUGUCUAAAACCCGAGGCUUGUCCAAAACCUUUGGGCGCCCACCAAAAAUUAUUUGGUGAGUUAACACCGCACCAACGUUUGAUGAAGGAAAUUGAAGAGAUUGAGAAGUUGAAGUACCCACUUUCAAGAAGUAUAGACCAGGAUUUUUAUGAACUUAAGAAGACAUCGGAGGAACCUGAACCGCCAAAUCCUUUCAAGAAGUACUUUGAUAAAGAUUUCAACAGUUCAGAAUUAAUCCCUAAUUUCUCCAGUAUUAGGAAAAGUUAUUCGCACCAAGAUAUCUCCCAGACCAGCAAAAAAUUUGUUACCACAAGUGCACCAAACACACCACAAAAACAAACCAAAAAGUUAGACUUGAUAUCACCAGAAGAGCGUUUACGUGACCAAAUGUACUCAGAAUACAUGUCCAAAGUAGCUGAACGUGAAAAUCGUAAACACCUACACGUCAUAAAAUUAUCCAAACAUCACCAAGAAUUAGAACAUACUGAAACCUCCAAAUUGAAAGCCAAGAUUGAGAUCAACAUGUCUGCACAAAUCGAGAACGAGUUUAUGGAAAAAGUUAGGAAACGUUGUGAUAAAUUUGGACUCCAAAAUGCGGAAGAUGAGGCCCAAGAAGACUUGGCACAAUCUGUACCAAACUUGAAAGUAUUCGAUGGUGUUGGUGUUGAUAUCUGUGAUGGUACCAAGUUGCCAAAACAUUUGCUGGAAUUUGCAAAACUGGGGACAGAUGAUAAAUCACAAAACCUGGCAUGCACUCACGAGCAAGUCACGGUAAACCAAAGGGUUGCUCCUGCAAAACCUAAAAGUGAAUUUACUGAGGUUGUGGAGUUCCAAAAUUUGAUGUCCGACGUGUCCGAUGAAGAGGCGUCUAAACUUUUCGAUCUUCUGGUCAAGGAAGAAAAACAAAACAAGUACCAGGAUGUUGAGGAUAUUCGGAAGGAAGAGGAGCGUUUGGUGAAAGUUGUCCAUCAGGAUGUUGAGGAUUUUCCUGGAGCCAUCAGGAAGGAAAAAGAGCAUUUGGUGAAAGUUGUCAGGAAAGAAGAGCAGAAAUUGGUGGACGUUGUCCAUCACGAUGUUGAAGAUAUCCCUGAAUCCAUCAGGAAGGAAGAGCGGCAUUUGGUUGUCCAAAAGGCGAAUGGUGAGUCAAGACUUAUCAGAAUGAGAUAUUUUGGAAUCGUGGCUUUUGUUGCUGUGGUUUUGGGAUGGAAACUUGCUAAAAAUGCCUUGAAAUAA